UGCCAAUCAUCAAUAAAGCUUUUGCAAAACUUGUUAUGGACAUUGAUUAUUCAAUGAGUCAAUGGAAAGUUGAUCCCAUUGAAGAGUAUCUCAACUACACCAUGAGUUUGUUAGAGCUUUUGAAUUGCAUUUCUUCUUCUCUUUCUCAUCUUGGCCAAACAAGGCUUUUUCUAGCACAUGGUUUGAAUUUAACUUUGGUGAAGGAGAAAUCACAUUAUUUGGCUAUAAAGCAUUUGAAACAAAUUCAACCAUUAAUAUUAGGGUGUUUUAGCAACAAGUUUGGUAAACAUUUUUACACACAACAUCAUAAAGCAAAUACUUUUUUUGGUAAAGAGUUGAUUUUUCAUGAGGGUGUUAAGGAAAUGAAGAGUAUUGGAUUUUGGGUAUGUGGAGUUUUCUUAUCUUGUUUAUAUGGUGAUGUUAAGCCAUACAUGGAACUAAGAAAAAUUGUUGGUGGGUUUGAAAGUUCUCUAGUUGCUACACUUGAUAUCAAAAUCAGUGAAAAGUUAGUGAAGAAAAAGCCGAGCUUUCGCGAGAUUGAAGAGAUAGAUAAUGGUGUUGCUGCUGAUGAAGUAAGAACUGAUGCAACUGAAGAAUUGAAGAGAAAGUUGUGUGAGUUAGAGAAGCUAUCUGAUGAUAUAAGCAAGCAGGUGGGUCAUUUGUUUGAUGGUGUAAUGAUGCAGAGAAAUGAAUUAAUUGAUGGCUUUAGACUCAAGAAAUAGCAUCAAUAAUCAAUUGUUUCAUUCUUUAUGUAAAUAUCAAUAGUUAGGAAAUAUUGUUUUUGUAAUGUUUCUUACAAUGUAUAAGUAGAAAAAGGUUUAAUUAACCAAUAAAAUUGAAUCUAGCACAAGAGACUAGAUUCACACAAUGUAGCAAAUCAAGAUUUGAAUCUCAGCUGAGAGAA